CGUCCAGCAGCUGAUCGGUAAUACAGAAGAAGUUUCCCCUCAGUUAGGGGGGAGCUCCACUUUGAAGCAGGAGACUCCACAACCACCCUGCAUUAAAAAGGAAGAGGAGGAACUCUGCAUCACUCAGGAGGGAGAGUGUCUUCUAGGACGAGAGGAAGCUGAUUACACCAAGUUUCCACUGAGUAUUCUCUCUGUGAAGACUGAAGAUGAUGAAGAGAAACCACAAGUAGACAACAUCUUAGCUCCACUAUCAGAUAGUGAGGCUGAAGAAGAGGUUGAAGAAACUUUGAGCAGCGAUAAAGACUGUGAAGGUGAUAUGAGGACUCACACUGACAACAAACACUCUGAAUGCUCUACAAAGAAGAGAGGUGAAACAUGUUUGAGCUGCUCAGUUUGUGGUCAAAGUUUUACUAAAAAUAGCCAAUUGACUCAACACAUGAGAAUACACACAGGUGAAAAACCAUUUAAGUGUUCAGUUUGUGGCAAAUGCUUUUCUCGAAAUAGCCAUUUGACUCGACACAUGAGAACACACACAGGAGAAAAAACAUUUAAUUGUUCAGUUUGUGGCAAAAGCUUUUCUGCGAAUUGCCUUUUGACUCAACACAUGAGAACACAUACAGGAGAAAAACUAUUAUUUUGUUCAGUUUGUGGCAAAAUAUUUUCUCGAAAUUGUGAUUUAACUCAACACAUGAGAACACACACAGGAGAAAAACCAUUUAGUUGUUCAGUUUGUGGAAAAAGCUUUUCUCGAACUAUCAAUUUAACUCACCACAUGAGAACACACAGAGAUGAAAAACCAUUUAAUUGUUCAGUUUGUGGCAACAGCUUUUCUCAAAAUAGCAAUUUGACUCGACACAUGAGAACACACACAGGUGAAAAACCAUUUAAUUGUUCAGUUUGUGGCAAAAGCUUUUCUCAGAAUAGCUAUUUGACUAAACACAUGACAAAACACACAGGUCAAAAACCAUUUAGUUGUUCAGUUUGUGGCAAAAGCUUUUCUGUCAAGAGAAUAUUGACUCGACACAUGAGAACACACUGGACUUCGCUGACCAGUCCUGCAUACUUGGAGAGCUUCCUCUCGAAGGCUUCUUCCAGGCGAUCUUCCCACGGGACUGUCAGCUCCUGCAGCACAGCUUGUUUUGUGGACUCAGACACAAGGACAAUGUCUGGUCGCAGGGUGGUGGCGAUAUGGCUGGGGAACUUCCACUGGUUUUCGAGGAGUUGGCGUGUCCCCAGCUCUGACAAAGGCAAUGGUUUUCUUGGAGGGGUGGAACCGUUUUUCCCAUGCGAGUCCUGCGCUAAUGGCUUCAGCAAUGGUCUUCAGGACUUGGUCAUGCCUCCACCUGUACCUUCCAUCUCCAAGUUUGAAGGGCUUGGGAGCACAUCAUACACUGCCUGGAUGAGGAAUUUGAUGCGUUGCGGCUCGGCUUUCCAACGCUCAGCCCAGCCUUGCAGGUUCUCGUCUCCUCCACUGCUGCUCUCACCUCAUCCUGAACAAGACGUCGGCCUUCCUUCCUCCUGGUGUUCAGUUGGGGAGUUGGAAAGGAUCCUAGCCCAGCUCGACCCCGAUCUCAACUGUCGAGAUGGGGAACGAGUAGACGAGGAGGGGCCUCAGGAUUCUGGGAAAAAUGCCAUGCUGGUAAAUCCAGGCUUUAAACUUCCCAGAGAGCAGUCAAAAAUCUUGCCCAAGCUCUUGACUGGCCUCUCUGAGAUAGUUGGAAUGGCUGUGCUUGUGAUGUUAAAGCGGAACUUGUCCUCCACCUUCCCCUUCUUCAGCACCAUUGAUCUGGAUUUGGCGGGUUUGAAAUGCAUCCGGGCCCACUCCACCAACUUUUCAAGUCCCUUCAGAAUCCAACAGCAGCCUGGCACUGAUUCUGUCGUGACUGUGAGGUCAUCCAUGAAUGCCCUGAUGGGUGGUUGCCUUUGUCCGGAAUUUGUGCGGGGCCCUCUGCACUCUGGCUCAGCAGACUUGGUGAGCAUGUUCAUGGCUAGUGAGAACAGUGUCACAGAGAUAGCCAGUUUGCCACUGCUCCUGUCCCAGCAAAUCCUUUGUGAACUUGAAGAAGUUAGCGAUGAAAGCAGCAUGCUUACGUGCCCUCUCGCGUCGCCGCCUCCGAUGCCACUCUGCCCCACGGAGAAUUCUGAUCUUUUUCCGAAGGAUGCACAUCAGCUUGGCCAGGCCACCCUGUGGUUCUUUGAGUACGUGGUUCCGGAGCUUCUCUUCUCCUCCUCGCCGAACCGCUCAGCUGCGAUGCUGACAAUGAUUGUCCAGCAGCUGAUCAGAAAUCCAGAAGAAGUUUCCCCUCAGUUAGGGGGGAGCUCCACUUUGAAGCAGGAGACUCCACAACCACCCUGCAUUAAAAAGGAAGAGGAGGAACUCUGCAUCACUCAGGAGGGAGAGUGUCUUCUAGGACGAGAGGAAGCUGAUUACACCAAGUUUCCACUGAGUAUUCUCUCUGUGAAGACUGAAGAUGAUGAAGAGAAACCACAAGUAGACAACCUCUUAGCUCCACUAUCAGAUAGUGAGGCUGAAGACGAGGUUGAAGAACCUUUGAGCAGCGAUAAAGACUGUGACGGUGAUAUGAGGACUCACACUGACAACAAACACUCUGAAUGCUCUUCAAAGAAGAGAGGUAAAAAAUGUUUGAGCUGCUCAAUUUGUGCUGAAAGUUUUACUAAAAAAAGCCAUUUGACUCAACACAUGAGAACACACACAGGGGAAAAAACAUUUAAUUGUUCAGUUUGUGGCAACAGCUUUUCUCAAAAUAGCUCUUUGACUCUACACAUGAGAACACACACAAGAGAAAAACCAUUUAAAUGUUCAGUGUGUGGCGAAAGCUUUUCUCAAAAUGGCAAUUUGACUCGACACAUGAGAACACACACAGGUGAAAAACCAUUUAAUUGUUCAGUUUGUGGCAACGGCUUUUCUCAAAAUAGCUCUUUGACUCUACACAUGAGAACACACACAGGAGAAAAACCAUGUAAUUGUUCAGUUUGUGGCGAAAGCUUUUCUCGAAAUGGCAAUUUGACUCGACACAUGAGGACACACACAGGUGAAAAACCAUUUAAUUGUUCAGUUUGUGGCAACAGCUUUUCUCAAAAUAGUUCUUUGACUCAACACAUGAGAAAACACACAGGAGAAAAACCAUGUAAUUGUUCAGUUUGUGGCGAAAGUUUUUCUCGAAAUAGCAAUUUUACUAAACACAUGAGAACACAUGCUGGAGGAAAACCAUUUAGUUGUUCAGUGUGCUGUAAAAGGUUCCAACAUAAUGCAGACGCUGUGAAACACAUAAGAACACACAAGGGAAAAUAAUCAAUUUGCUGUUUAGUUUGUGGUAUGUUGCUCAUAUGUGGCGACCUCUACCCUACCCAGGACUUGGAUUUUUUGGAGCAUAAUCUUAUCCACUCAUGACCCCAUGUCUUCUCUGUAUCUGAAACCUUC